AUGGCCUCGAACAGCACACCCGUCGCGCAGGCGUUCAAGGACGUCGGCGUCUCGCUCAACUGCGACAUGGGCGAGGGCUACUACCGCUGGCGCCUUGGCCCCGACGAGGACCUCUUCCCUCUGAUCGACUUUGCCAACAUUGCUUGCGGCAUGCACGCCGGUGACCACGCCACUAUGCUGCGCAUGGUCAGGCUCGCAAAGAAACACGGUGUCGGUAUCGGAGCGCACCCCGGCCUCGACGACGUCAAGGGUUUCGGUCGGCGCAAGCUUGACAUUACGCCCGAGGAAGUCUAUUCCCUGGCGCUGUACCAGCUCGGAGCACUCAAGGCGAUGGUUGACGCCGAAGGCGCGACGCUUUCACACGUCAAGCCCCACGGCGCAUUCUACUUUAUCCUUCGUGACGACGAGGCUGCCUGCCGCGCCUUUAUGAAGGCCCACCUGAGCCUCACCCCCAACGGCCCACCUCUUCCCUAUGUCGGUCUUGCCGGGACGACACACGAGAAGGUGUGCGCCGAGCUCGGCAUCCCCUUCGUCCCAGAGAUCUUUGUCGACAUCGACUACUCUGCCGAAAAGACCCUCCUGUCCGUGCCAAUGAGCAACCCCGCCACCGUCGAGGGCAUUAGCAAAAAGAUGACCAGCAUCCUCAAGGACUACACCACCAUCGACAAGCAGGGCAAGCCGCUGGAACUCCCCGAGACCCGCGGAUAUUACACCGUGUGCUUGCACUCGGACAUGCCGACUGCGCUGGACAACGCGCGCGCGGCCCGCGCCGCCGUCGACGCCGCCAAGAAGUAA